AUGGGCCUCCGGGCGGCCGCGCGCCCGCGCGCUGGCCCGCUGCUAGCCGGGCGCCUCUCGCGCGCCGGCCCCGCCAGGGCAGCCCAGGGGGCGCCUCGGGGGCCGCCGGCGGCGGGCGUGCAGGCGGCAGCUGCUGCGGCGCUCGCGCUUGGGGCACUUGGAGAGCCCAAGAGGAGGUCCAGAGGCGUGGCCGCCAUGCAGUCGGCGGCCGCGGUCGCCAGCGGAGCUCCCGGAGGCACGGCGCCGAGGGGAAGCGAGCUGCCGCUCGUGUACGGCACCGCGUGGAAGAAGGAGGCGACGGCCGAGCUGGUGGUGGAGGCCGUGCGCCGCGGCUUCCGCGGCGUAGACACCGCCUGCCAGCCGAAGCACUACCGCGAGGACCUGGUGGGCGAGGCCCUGGCCAGGCUCGCCGCAGAGGGCAUCCCCCGCGAGCAGCUGUGGCUGCAGACCAAGUUCACGCCGCUGCGUGGGCAGGACCCCCAGAGCGUGCCCUACGACGCGGGCGCCCCCCUGGCGCGGCAGGUGGAGCAGUCCAUCCGCAGGUCGCUGGAGAACUUGCGGACGGACCGCAUCGACUCCCUGGUGCUGCACUCGCCGCUGCCGACGCUGGAGGAGACGCUGGAAGUCUGGGGCGCCUUCGAGGACGCCGUCGACUCCGGGGCGGUUGGCCAGCUGGGCAUCAGCAACUGCUACGACCUGGACACUUUCAGGGCGUUGUACGAGAGAUCGCGGGUUAAGCCGAAGGUGCUGCAGAACCGCUUCUAUAAAGAAUCCGGCUACGAUGCCGACUUGCGGAGUUUCUGUUUGGAGCGGGGAGUGACAUACCAGACUUUCUGGACGCUCACGGCAAACCCGCACAUUCUGAAAGGCGAUCCCGUCCGAGAGGCUGCGGGACGUCUGCGUGCGACGCCAGAGCAGGUGCUCUUCUGUUGGCUGGUUCAGUCUGGCCACCAGCCAUUGACGGGCACCCGUUCGCCAGAGCACAUGUCACAGGAUUUGGGCGUCGUCAGCUUGCGCUUGUCGGAUGCGGAGAUGAAGGGGCUAGUCACCUCGGUGUCCUUCCCGUUCUUUCCCGCUCUCGGGCUUCGCCAUGCCAAGCGCAGGGUGCUCCACUCGUGCCGGUCCGCCGGGUGCCGCCAGGGUGGAGGCUGCCAGAUGCAGAUGCAGAUGCCGGCGCAGAGCGGCUUCCAGCAGGGCGGCUUCCAGAACGGCGGCUUCCAGCAGGGCGGCGCCUGCUUCCCCCAGCAGUCGCAGGGCGGCUAUGGCCCCCAGCAGAUGCAGCAGAGCCCACAGGACUACGGCAAGGGCGCCAGGAUGGGCGACAAUCGGGACCAGGGCGCCUACGCGCCGCCACACGCGCGGCAGGGCGCCUACGUCCCGCCCCACGCUCGGCAGAGUCAGGGCGGCGUCGGCGGUGCUGCAGGCGGUGCCGACAACGGCUACAUCCGCGACAUCAUGAGCGAUUUCGAGGCGGCCUCGAGCUCUUGGGGCAAUGCGAUGCCAGCCUUGACAGGGAAGGAGAUCGGGGGCUCCGAGACCGACCUCACAGAGGCGAAGGUGUGGGGCAAGGGCGACAUCGCGCAGGCCUACACCACGUUCAACAGCUGCAACUUCCCCAAGCAGAUCAUGGCCAGCAUCCACGCUCUCGGCUUCGCGGCCCCGACGCCCAUCCAGGCGUACUGCUGGCCCGUCUCGCAGUCCGGCCGCGACCUGAUCGGCAUCGCCAAGACUGGCAGCGGCAAGACGCUGGCCUUCUUGCUCCCACCGUUCACGACGUUCCUAGGCAGCCGCCCAGACUACUCCGGGCCGCAGAUGCUGGUCAUGGCCCCCACGCGCGAGCUGGCAUGUCAGAUCCAGGCGGAGGCCGAGAAGUUCGGCCGGCGCAUCGGCAUCCUCUCCGUUUGCGUCUACGGCGGCGCGCCCCGGGGCCCGCAGUUGCGGGACAUGCGCCAGGGCCGCCACGUCAUCGUAGGCACUCCUGGGCGCCUCAACGACUACCUGGAAGGUGGCCAGCUGAAGUUGGGCGCCUGCAAGUAUUUGGUGCUGGACGAGGCUGACCGGAUGCUGGACAUGGGUUUCGAGCCGCAGAUCCGCACAAUCAUCAACGCGAUCCCGCCUGGGCGCCAGACUAUGAUGUUCAGCGCCACGUGGCCCAAGGAGGUCAGGAAGCUGGCCGCAGACUACCUGCGGGACCCGGUGCACAUCCAGAUCGGCUCGCACGACAAUUCGGCGAACAAAGACAUCCAGCAGCAG